AUGGCUUCCCAACCUCUCGACCAUCCUCCCCCUCCAGCUCCAGCCCAUCUCCGCUCCCCUACGCCCCUACAUCCUCCCAUAGAUGUCCCUCCACUCCCGCCAGUACAAGACCGGGGCCCCAGGACGCCGACCUGGGAAUCUUCCCUGGCCCUGCGACGGAAACAUUCUCCCGCGUCUCCACCCCCGAUUGACCCAGAUCCCCGGAUUCAGAGCUCGCCCGUCUCCCCCGUGCGAGUCGACGCCAUCCUGGCCCUCCCGGAGGCGUCCAGUGCUACCAUCGAAGAUCCCCCGGCUGGCUUCCAGAAUGCCCCAACUCCGCCGGCUCCUGUCGCUGUCGGGAGCCGGGUGAACGAAGAAGACUCCGAAACGGCACUGCCUCCACGGAGAGACCCUGUCCCGCGUGCUCGGGCCGGGCAGCACACUCCGGUCAGCAGCGGCUCUUGGUCUGUUGUUGAUGCUCAGAGUGGUGUUGGUACUGUCGGUACCCCCGGGGAACAGCCGCCAUCAUCCCAGCACGGUGAACCCCGUGCUACUGCGCCGGAAGGCUCGUCGCAAGGUAGUAUUGCGAGCGCGGCGGAGACAUUCGAGGACUUUGAGCCUCUGCAUUACCACCACCAACCCUACCAGACUUCCAAAGGGGCGUCGAAAUCGCCGGACAAUGGCGCGGGUUCUGGGUCGGGCAACCGUCUGAACGUGACGCGUUCUGGAAUCUAUCGACCGGCUUCUGUCUACUCCCUCUUGUCUGACCGCCAGUCGCCGCAGCUCUCACCCUAUUUGAAACCCCGAAACUCACCCGAUGCCCGCCCGGUAUCGUUCGUCGACCUUCUCAACACUCCCUAUCCGCAACCCGCUCCUGCACCGGCCCAGUCGGGGACCACCGCCUAUCUCCGAUCAUCGCUGGGCAAUUAUGCCUCAUUGCUCAGCCACCAGCAGACGUUUAACAUGUACCUAGCAAACGUGAAGAAGACCGACGACCCAGCCGUUCAGUACGAGUUCGCUGUGUUCUUGGUGAAUUCCAUGCAUGAGAUGCCCCCGGAGGAGCUCCAUGACGGCAGUACGUCGGGAGACACUGAAGCGGACUCGGAGAUUACGCGGGCUCGGCUCUUGAAAGAGGCCAAAUCCAUUCUCCAGCGGCUGGCGGACCGCAGUUAUCCAUUCGCGCAGUACUAUCUCGGCGACGGUUAUGCGUCCGGGUUGUUUGGGAAGGAUGUCGACUACGGCCAUGCCUUCCCCCUGUUCCUGGCCGCCAGCAAACAUGGCCACGUUGAAGCAUGUUACCGUACUGCCCUUUGCUAUGAGUUCGGUUGGGGCUGCCGGAUCGACGCGGCCAGGGCCGAGAAGUUCUACCGCUACGCAGCAUCUAAGAAUCAUCCCGGCGCCAUGCUGCGUAUGGCCAAGGCCUGUCUGGCGGGACACAUGGGUCUGGGGAAACGGUACCGGGAAGGCGUCAAGUGGCUGAAGCGCGCUGCGGAAUCCGCAGAUACACAGUAUAACUCAGGGCCCUACGAACUGGGCCUGCUACACGAGACGGGAUUCGGGGAUGAUGUCUUCCCCGACCCGUCCUACGCGGCGCAACUCUUUACCAAGUCGGCCGAUCUGGGGAAUUUCGAGGCGUCUUUCCGCAUGGGGGAUGCCUAUGAACACGGGAAGUUGAACUGCCCGCGGGAUCCCGCGCUGAGCAUCCACUUCUACACAGGCGCUGCUCAGGGUGGACACCCAUUGGCCAUGAUGGCACUGUGUGCAUGGUACCUCGUCGGGGCGGAACCCGUUCUGGAGAAGGAUGAAGGCGAAGCAUAUGAAUGGGCCAAGAGGGCCGCAGGGCUUGGGCUCGCUAAAGCACAAUACGCUGUUGGUUAUUUCACGGAAAUGGGCAUUGGCUGCCGUCGUGACCCUCUGGAGGCCAACGUUUGGUAUGUGAAAGCAGCCGACCAGGGCGACGAGCGAGCGAUACACCGGCUUGCAGCAAUCCGGGCCGCUGCCGAAGGGGCCAACCCGAAACGGGCAGCGGCGGGUGCUGUAGCUCGACACAGGAAGCAGAAAGAAGAAAACGCAGCUGGAAAGUCGAAACGAUUCGGAUUAUUCUAGUACAUAAACAUGCAUAUCCACACGGUACAUACAACUGACGACAUGACACAAACAGCGUUAUUCGAUUAGACGCGAGAACGGGGAAAAAGGGGGGAGGCGAAUCUCAUAUACUGCUAAUAUUCCCUUUUUUUUUUUUUUUUUUUUUUUUUUGAAUAUUCAUGCAUUCAAGGAUCAUGUUCUGGGUUUAAUGCAUAAUUAACAUCGGGCAUAAUAUCUAGCUGGGUACAUUUGAACAUGUUUGUCUCUGUCUGGAUUUCAUGGUUCGGAGUUUGAAGAGAUACCAACG